AUGGCAGAAACCAUGAAAGCCUGGCAGUACUCGACCAUGAACGCCAAACUCGAGGAUUGCAUCUCACUCAAGGACAUUCCGAAACCAAUUCAGUCCUCUCUUUCCAACGGCCAAAUUCUCGUCCAAAUCAUCAGCGCCUCUCUCAAUCCAGUCGAUUAUAAGUUACCCGAGUCGGGAAUGCUCGGACGAAUGAUGAUUUCUCGCCCUGCCACCCCGGGAUUGGACUUUUGUGGACGUGUCAUCGCCAAGCACCCUUCCAGCAGCGCAUUUGAGGAAGGACAACUCGUUUUUGGUGGAUUUGCAUCUUCCAAAGGCCCGGGGACUCUCUCUCAGUACACCGUGAUCCCGGAAGCAUUUUGUGCUGCCUUGCCUGCUGGUAUUGAUCCGGACGAUGCAUCAGCUGUUGGGACUGCCGCGACGACGGCUUAUCAAUCGCUCAUGCCCGAAACCUUGAAGCCCGGUGCGAAGGUUCUGAUCAACGGCGGUAGCGGCGGAGUGGGAACAUGGGGGAUUCAGUUCGCCAAGGCCAUGGGUGUCGAGGUUGUGACCACUUGCUCGACUGAGAAUGUAGAGCUGUGCCGUCAACUCGGAGCAGAUGAGGUCCUGGACUACAAGAAAGUGGACAUCUUUUCCAGCUUAAAGGAGAAGGCUUUUGAUCUGGUUAUCGACAAUGUUGGCCGGAGUGAUGAGCUCUAUAACAACAGUCGCCGACUCUUGAAGCCUACUGGUACGUUUGUGCAAGUUGGUGUACCAGACAUCAUGACGAUGUCAAACAUCGGUUCAAUAAUGAAGAGGCAAAUGUGGCCGUCCGCAUUUGGAGGUGGAAAUUUUUAUUUUGUGAACAUGAAAAACUCCACCGAGCUUUUCAGUCAAAUCGGUCACUGGAUGAAGGAAGGUAAGGCGAAUGCUGUCAUCGACACCACGUACAAGUGGGAAGAAGUCCCUUUGGCAUUUGGCAAAUUAAGGGGAGGACAUCUUAAGGGAAAGAUUGUUAUCCACGUUGCAAAUGAUAGUUCAUAA